UGCAUUUUCGUUAUUUUUUGGGCUACGAAAGGCCCUUUUCUUUGGAUUUUGAAGGCUACAGAUCAUUGAUUCGGCGUGAUGCUAUUCUUCGAUGAUGAUUAAUUCCAUUAAGCACCGAUUUAAGCGGAUUUAAUCUGAGUCAAUUAUUGGCAGAUUCCAAAGGGGUCCCAUCACAGAUUUCGGUCGAUUUUUUCGAAAUGCCUUUUCUUUUUAUUCUGGAGGCAGCAGAUUACGGAAUCAGGCCGAGGCUAUUCUCCACCAAUAAUGAAGUCAAUUGAUCCUAUUUUCCACAGAUGAUAAGUCCAUUAAGCAUCGAUUUGGGCCAAUUUAUUUUCGGAUUGCAUUUCCGUAAUUUUUUGGGCGACGAAAGGCCAUUUUCUUUGGAUUUUGAAGGCUACAGAUCACGGAUUCUACCUGAGGCUAUUCUUCAACGAUGAUUAAGUCCUUUAAGCACCGAUUUGGGCGGAUUUAUUCUGGGUCAGUUUUUGGCAGAUUCCAAAGGGGUACCAUCAAAGAUUCCGGGCAAUUUUUCGAAAAUGUCAUUUUCUUUCGAUUCUGGAGGCUGCAGAACACGGAAUCUAGCUGUGUAUAUUCUCUACCGAUAAUGAAGUCUAUUGAUCAUAUUCUCCACGGGUGAUAAGUCCAUUAAGCAUCGAUUUGGGCCAAUUUAUUUUCGGAUGGCAUUUCCAUGGAUUUUGAACGCUACAGAUCACGGAUUCGGCCUGAGGCUAUAAAUCAACGAUGAUUAAGUCCAUUAACCACCGAUUUGGGCUGAUUUAUUCCGGGUCAAUUUUUGGCAGAUUCCAAAGGGGUGACAUCACAGAUUUCAAGCGAUUUUUCCGAAAUGCAAUUUUCUUUCGAAUUUGGAGGUUUGCAGGUCACGAAAUUAGUUCGAGGCAAUUCUCCACCGAUAAUGGAGUCUAGUGAUACUAUUCUCCACGGGUGAUAAGUCCAUUAAGCACCGAUUUAGGCAAAUUUAUUUUCAUAUGGCAUUUUCGUAAUUUUAAGGACGACGAAAGGCCAUUUUCUUGGGGAUUUGAAGGCUACGGAUCACGGGUUCGGCCUGAGGCUAUUGUGCAAUGAUGAUUGAGUCCUUUAAGGACCAAUUUGGGCGGAUUUAUCCAGGGUCUAUUUUUGGCAGAUUCCAAAGGGGUGCAAUCACAGAUUUUCGACGAUUUUUCCGAAAUGCGAUUUUCUUUCAAUUCUGGAGGCACCAUAUCACAGAAUCAGGCCGAGGCUAUUCUCCACUAAUAAUGAAGUCUAUUGAUCCUAUUCUCCUCGGAUGAUAAGUCUAUUAAGCACCAAUUUGGGUUCAUUUUUUUCGGAUGGCAUUUUCGUAAUUUUUUAGGCGGCGAAAGGCCCUUUUCUUUGGAUUUUGAAGGCUACAGAUCAUGGAUUCGGCCUGAGGCUAUUCUUCAACUAUGAUUAAGUCCAUUAAGCACCGAUUUGGGCAGAUUUAUUCCGGGUCAAUUUUUGGCAGAUUCCAAAGGGGUAUCAUCACAGAUUUCAGGCGAUUUUUCCGAAAUGCCAUUUUCUUUCGAUUCUGGAGGCUGCAGAUCACGAAAUCAGGAUGAGGCUAUUCUCCACAGAUAAUGAAGUCUAUUGAUCCUAUUCUCCACGGAUGAUAAGUCCAUUAAGCACUGAUUUGGGUCAAUUUAAUUUCGGAUUGCAUUUUCGUAAUUUUUUAGCAAGGAAAUGAUAUGAUCCUAAAUGGUCUACUCUACAAGUUAGAAUUAAAUGAUGAAGAAGUGAGCUCAUCCUGCUCGAAGAACAUUCAUUUUUGUCCAAGUCAUUUUCCGUGUUCAAGUAGCCGACUUUGGAGGCACGUUUCUCUCCGUUGGCUCAAUGGAAAUUCAAGUUUAAUGGCUUGUACUGAACAUGUAGUGAUUAAGGUUGUUUUCCAAGGCCUCACCCUUGAGAACUGAUCACCCUCGAGGAUUGAUCACCUAGCAAUCAAGCCAGAAUGUUGCUACCUCAAAUUGGUUUCCUUGUUAGUUUAGAAUUGUGUUAGGUUUUCUUUGGCUAUAAAAGCCCUGUAGUUUUCGUUGUAAUGGUGAGACUUGGUUGAAUAGAAAUCGAAACCUUUGGGUUUUUGCAAGUUUCCGUACUUGUGUAUGCUUUGGUGGAUUCCAAGCUCGUUGAGCUCUUGUAUUGAUCAAGAACGCGUUGAUCGUGGUCGGGCUUCUACCUUUAUAUCAUUCGAGCCUUCUUCCAAGUGAAAGAUUGCACGUUUGAUUUCUUUUUAUCCAAACACCGAAGAACAUCCUUGUUUCUGCUUCGAAUUUCGUUUUAAUUCAAUCUGAUCCUUGGAUUGAUUGUGUUGCUGCGUACUUUGGUAAAAAUCCAACCACCCAGGGUUGCAUUACGAAAGGCUAUUCUCUUCGGAUUUUCAAGGCUACAGAUCACGGAUUCGGCCGGAGGCUAUUCUUCAACGAUGAUUAAGUUCAUUAAGCACCAAUUUGGGCGGAUUUAUUCCUGGUCAAUUUUUGGCAUAUACCAAAGGGGUACCAUCAUAGAUUUUGGGCAAUUUUUCCGAAAUGCAAUUUUUCCGAAAUGCAAUUUUCUUUCGAUUCUGGGGGUUGCAGAUCACGAAAUCAGGCCGAGGCAAUUCUCCACUGUUAAUGAAGUCUAUUAAUCCUAUUCUCCACGGGUGAUAAGUCCAUUAGGCACUGAUUUGGGCAAAUUUAUUUUUGGAAUGUAUUUUUCGUAAUUUUUUGGGCGACGAAAGGCUAUUUACUUUGGAUUUUGAAGGCUACAGAUCACGGAUUCGGCCUGAGGCUAUUCUUCAACAAUGAUUAAGUCCAUUAAGCACCGAUUUGGGCGGAUUAAUUCCGGGUCAAUUUUUGGCAGAUUCCAAUGAGAUACCAUCACAGAUUUCAUGCAAUUUUUCAGAAAUGCCAUUUUCUUUCGAUUCUGGAGGCUGCAGAUCACGGAAUCAGGCCGAGACGAUUCUCCACCGAUAAUGAAGUCUAUUGAUCCUACUCUCCACGGAUGAUAAGUCCGUUAAGAACCGAUUUGGGCCAAUUUAUUUUCGGAUGGCAUAUUCGUAAUUUUUUGGGCGCCGAAAGUCCAUUUCUUUGGAUUUUGAAGGCUACAGAUCAUGGAUUCAACCUGAGGCUAUUCUUCAACGAUGAUUAAGUCCAUUAAGCACCGAUAUGGGAGGAUUUAUUCCUCAUCAAUUUUUGGCAUAUUCCAAAGGGGUACCAUCUUAGAUUUCGGGCGAUUUUUCCGAAAUGCCAUUUUUUUAGAUUCUAGAGGCUGCAAAUCACAAAAUCAGGCCGAGGCUAUUCUCCACCGAUAAUGUAGUCUAUUGAUCCUAUUCUCCACAUAUGAUAAGUCAUUUAAGCACCAAUUUGGGCCAAUUUAUUUUCCGAUGACAUUUUUUGUAAUUUUUUGGGCGACGAAAGGCCAUUUUCUUUGGAUUUUGAAGCCUACAGAUAACCGAUUCGCCCUGAGGCUAUUUUUCAACGAUGAUUACGUCUAUAAAGCACUGAUUUGGGCGGAUUUAUUCCUUGUCAAAUUUUGCCAGAUUCCGAAGUGGUACCGUCACAGAUUUCAGGCGAUUUUUCCAAAAUGCCAUUUUCUUUCGAUUCUGGAGGCUGUAGAUCACAGAAUUAGGGCGAGGCUAUUCUCCACCGAUAAUGUAGUCUAUUGAUCCUAUUCUCCACAGAUGAUAAGUCAUUUAAACACCAAUUUAUUUCGGGUGGCAUUUUCGUAAUUUUUUGGGCGACGAAAGACCAUUUUCUUUGGAUUUUGAAGUCUACAAAUCACUUAUCCCGCCUGAGGCUAUUCUUCAACGAUGAUUAAUUCCAUUAAGAACUAAUUUGGGCGGAUUUAUUCCGGGUCAAUUUUUGGCAAAUUCCAAAGGAGUACCAUCACAGAUUUUCGGCGAUUUUUCCGAAAUGCCAUUUCCUUUCGAUUCUGGAUGCUGCAGAUCACGGAACUAGAUUGAGGCUAUUCUCCACCAAUAACAAAGUCUAAUGAUCCUAUUCUCCAUGGAUGAUAAGUCCAUUAAGCACUAAUUUGGGUUAAUUUAUUUUCGGAUGACAUUUUCGUAAUUUUUUGGGCGAUGAAAGGCUAAUUUCUUUGGAUUUUGAAGGCUACAGAUCACGGAAUCGACCUGAGGGUAUUCUUCAACGAUGAUUAAGUCCAUUAAGCACAGAUUGUGGUGGAUUUCUUCCAGGUCUAUUUUGUAGAUUCCAAAGAGGUACUAUCACAGAUUUCGGACGAUUUUUCCGAAAAUGUCAUUUCCAUUCGAUUUUGGAGCUAUAGAUCACGGAUCCAGUCCGAGGCUAUUCUCCAUCGAUAAUGAAGUCUAUUAAUCCUAUUCUCCACCAAUGAUUAAGUCUAUUAAGCACAGAAUUGUGCCAAUUUAUUUUGGGAUGGCAUUAUCGUAAUUCUUUGGGCAAUUUUUUUUCUAAAGGCCAUUUUCUUUGGAUUUUGAAGGCUACAGAUCACGGAUUCGGCCUGAGGCUAUUCUUCAACGAUGAUAAAGUCCAUUAAGCCCGAAUUUGGGCGUAUUUCUUUUUAUUACAUUUUAGGAAGAUUUUAAAUGGGUACCAUCUAAGAUUUCGAGCGAUUUUUUUGAAAGACCAUUUUCUUUCGAUUUUGGAGGUAUAGAUCACGGAUCCUGUCCGAGGCUAUUCUCCAUCGAAAAUGAAGUCUAUUGAUCCUAUUCUCCACCAAUGAUUAAGUACAUUAAGCAAAAAUUGGGUCAAUUUAUUUUGGGAUGACAUUUUCGUAAUUCUUUGGGCAUUUUUUUCCCCGAAAGGCCUUUAUCUUUGGAUUUUGAAGGCUACAGAUCACGGAUUCGGCCUGAGGCUAUUGUUCGACAACUAUUAAGUCCAUUAAGCACGAAUUUUAGUGGAUUUCUUCUGGGUCCAUUUUUGGCUGAUUCCAAAGGGGUACUUUUCACAGAUUUCGGGCGAUUUUUUUCGAAAAUGCCAUUUUUCGAUUUUGGAGUUAAAGAUCAAGAUCUAGUCCGAGGCUAUUCUCCAUCGAUAAUAAAGUCUAUUGAUCCUA